AUGAAGUUUUCCAGGGCUUUUCUGCCCGUGAUCGGUGCAUUAUUCGCUCUGAUCGCGCCUAUUCAAGCCUACCUAGCGAGAUCUCGCGCUUCACAAGCGAUUCGUCAACUUACACCGAUCGAUAAUGCCGUGAUUCACACACCCUCCCACCAAAUAGAGCACACCUCCCACUUCGAUCUCACUUUCGAGCUACAUCGCGAUGGCAAGCGGAUAAAGUUGGAGCUCGAGCCUAACCUCGACAUUCUCGCCGAUGAUGCGAAUGUGCGAUACAUGGACAAUGACGGCAACUGGAAGGAUGAGCCCUUUGAAAGGAGUGCCCAUAAGGUCUUUCGUGGUCGGGCCCUUGUGGGAUCGGGCAAGGGAAGAUGGACUCCUACCGGCUGGGCAAGAGUCAACAUCCGAAGGGAUGGCCCUGAACCGCUGUUUGAGGGUGUAUUCAGUGUUGAUGAGAACAAACAUCACGUCGAACUGCACUCGACCUACUCCGCCAAGCAGCGAGCGAUUGACGCCGACGUGGAGGACCGCGCGUACGACUACAUGUUGGUAUACCGAGACACCGAUAUGAUCCGCGGCCACGUCGAGCUCAAGCGAUCCCUCGAUGAUCCCACCGGCUGCCAAGCGGAUAAACUCGACUAUAAUUCCGAAUUGACAAGCUCUCUUUUUCCGGUCGGCAUCGACAUGCCCGAUGGCCAAUGGGGAUUUAGCCCACUGAAUUCUAUGUUUGGCAUGAGCAAACGUAAUGAUGUUGGAGGAGUGUCCGGUAGCUCCGGUGGCGUGAAUCUCAAAUCAACAAUCGGAGAUACAUCAGGAUGCCCCAAGACAAAGAAAGUCGCGUUGAUUGGCGUGGCUACCGAUUGUCAAAUGACCAAUCAGUUUAAGUCCAACUCCACCCCCAAGGAUGCUGCCAAGGAGUGGGUUAUCAACCUGGUGAAUACCGCGUCUAGCCUCUAUGAAGACUCUUUCAACGUGUCUAUCGGUCUGCGGAACCUAACCAUCAGCGACGCUUCGUGCCCCACCACGGCCAACGAUGCGACACCUUGGAAUAUGGGUUGUGAUAGCGGGAACAUCACUUGGCGCCUGAACGAGUUCUCCAAAUGGCGUUCUGAUCAUGAGGACGAUAAUGCAUACUGGACCUUGAUGACCGGCUGCCCAACAGGACAGGAGGUCGGCGUCUCAUGGAUGAGUCGACUAUGUUCAUCAAGCCUCAGCAGUAGUGGAGGCAGCUCAGUCACUGGUGCCAACGUUGUAGUUGGCAAUUCAGGGUCUACUUGGCAAAUCUUCGCACACGAAUCUGGACACACUUUUGGUGCCGUGCAUGACUGUGACUCGCAAACAUGCAAGGAUGAUCUUAACGAGUCAUCCCAGUGUUGUCCGCUCUCGUCGUCAACCUGCGAUGCCGAUGCCAAUUACAUAAUGAACCCUUAUGCCGAUGACAAAAUGACCAAGUUCUCUCCGUGCACGAUCGGCAACAUCUGUGCAGCCAUCGGCCGCAACAGCAUCAAGUCAACUUGUCUCUCAGAUAACAAGGGUGUUGUGACCAUCAGCGGCAGCCAAUGCGGCAAUGGUAUCGUGGAGUCCGGGGAAGAUUGCGAUUGUGGAGGAGAAUCCGGCUGCGGUGACAAUAAUUGCUGCGAUGCCAAAACAUGCAAAUUCAAAGACAACGCCGUCUGUGAUGACUCCAACGACAACUGUUGCAAUAAAUGCCAGUUUUCCUCUGCCAACACUGUUUGCCGGGCCAGUACCAGUGAAUGUGACAAGGAGGAGAAGUGUGACGGGAAAUCUAGCUCUUGCCCGGAAGAUGCAUAUGAAAAGGAUGGAAGUUCCUGCGGUGACGGCCUCAAAUGUGCUAGUGGCCAGUGUACGAGCCGAAACCGUCAAUGUCGCUCUGUGAUGGGUACAUUGCUGAACAGCAACGACACCUGGGCUUGCGACAACACUGACCAGCCCUCGUGCUCUCUCGUCUGUGGCGCGCCGAAAUCUUUCACCCAAUAUCCCUAUGGCACCUGUAUUGAGAUGAAUCAAAACUAUCUCGAUGGGACGCCUUGUGAAUCUGGUGGCACUUGCGACUCCGGCCAAUGCAAGGGCUCAUCAGCUGCGGGUUGGAUCAAGGAUCACAAGAACCUUGUCAUUGGCAUCUGUGUUGGCGUCGGCAGCCUCAUCCUCCUUGCCAUAUUCUUCUGCUUGAUCAACAGGUGUCGCAUGGCCAAGGCCAAGAGCCGUCUAGCGAAGAGGCCCCCGCCAGGGGCACCCCCUAUGGGUCGCUAUGCAGGCCCUCCGCCUCCUCGUGGCCCUCCGCAGGGCCAGUGGUAUGGAAACUCUAAUUAUGGAUAUCAAAAUGUCCCACCACCCGGGCCACCUGGGCCUCCACCCCGCUACGCUUGA